AUGCCUAGACCCCCACUGGGCAAGAAGUCCGCGACCUUUGGCACUGCGCUCAAUCAGCGUAACAGUGAUGUCGAGAACCGACCUGAGUCCUCUACCGCUACUCUCAGCCACCCUCAAGCUGGCCCGUCCAAGUCGCGCUUGAGCUCCGUGUACUCGUACACGCGGUUCAAGCCAAGUCCCGCCGUUGUUUACACACGCGACGAGGAAGAAGCGAAUGAGAUGGUCCGCGUCAUGCCGGGACCCCUCGGCUUCGACUUGGAGUGGGUCGUCCACUUCCGUCGCGGGAAGGCGCCAAGAGAGAACCGUACUGCUCUCCUCCAGCUGAGUAGCGAGCGGAUCAUCCUCCUGGUACAAUUGAGCGCCAUGAAACACUUCCCACAAGGCGUGAAAGCAGUGAUAGAGGACAAACACAGAAUCAAACUGGGCGCGAAUAUAAAGAACGAUGGACACAAGCUCUACCGCGACUAUGGCGUUCGCGCGGCUGGUCUUGUCGAACUAGGCACUUUCGCGCGACACACCGACCCGGCGUUCCCCUUCAACCGCUCGAUCGUUGCACUCGCCAAGAUCGUGAAGCAGUACACGCACAAGACGCUCAGCAAGGGCCCUGUGCGCACGAGCAACUGGGAGGCGCAGCCGCUCUCGCAAGAGCAGCGUCAGUACGCGGCGAACGACGCACACUGCGCGCUAGUGGUGUACAAAUGCUUGGUCGCCAUCGCGGAGGAGCAUGGACGGACAGUGGACGUCGAUGCGUGCGCGGGUGACUUGACGAGGGCACCUCGUAAGGCACCUGCUGCACCGCCUACUGUGCCCAAACCCCUAUCCCCGCCAGUGGUGAGCGUAGCCCAGGUGGUGGCUGCAGCGAUUGCGUCGAGGGAGGAGGAAGAGGAGAGCGAAUGUGAGGAGGCUAUGUCAGCAGCCGUUGUGCCCAAGGUGGUCAGAAGGCGGCCGCCUACGCCUGACGACGUUAUUGAGCUCACUUCUUCGGACGAAGAUGAUUGGCUUUCCAGAGCACAGGCCCGUCUUUCUCAUAUUUGUGGCUAG